AUGGGCAGAUCCAGCUAUCCCUCCCAGCUGGACAGCCCAUCAAGACAGCUCAUCGCGGACCUAGCCGACCAGUUGGAGCAGCUGCGUGUCCAUAAUCAUGAAUUGAAGCGCGUCAAAGCCUACGAACGUCGUUCCUUUUACGAAAAUCUCGACAAGAUCGAAAGUGAUCUCGAAGCCCAGCACAAUGAAGCGCUCGACAAAGUCGCUGCCCUCCAUGAAAAGGUACUAGAGGAAGCACAGGAGACAUUGAGGGCACAUCAACGGGCGGUGGAGGAAGAACGUCGUCAGAAGGAGGAACAGGCUCGGAAAGAGCAGGAGCGGAGAGAGCUCGCCAGAAUAGAGGCACUGAAACGGGAACAGGAAGAGCUGAAACGGGAAAUCGAGCGGCAAACUCAGAUCAAGGCUGCGGAAGAGGCCAGACGAGAGGCGGAACGGAAAAAGCAGCUGGAGCAGGAGGAGAAGAAGCGCAAGGAACAAGAACGGCUAGCAGAAGAGGCCCGGAAACGCCAGGAAGAAGCCAAGAAGGCUGAGGAGCAGGAAGCUGUGCGGCUGAAAACCGAAACGGAACAGAAGCAGCAAGCAGUACGGCAGAAGCAGCUUGGGGCUGGUCGGCUAUCGGAGCAGGAACUCAAAGCCCACCAGCGCUAUGUCGAGCUUCACCAACACUUGAAAAAGUUCAGACAGUAUCUCAGGGAUCAGUCGAAAUCGAAUCCGAUUGUCAAGCAGCACAUGGGAGAGAUGCGGCGAUCGAUCAAGAAGUGCGUCGGCCAGCUUCGUGAAGGAAAAGGUGUAAACAAAGUUCAGACCCAAGAAAUCCGAACAACACUUGAAAAGGCUGCCUCGAUCGCCGAGCCAUCUGUCGACGUCCGUCAAUUCAUUGCGUUCCCGCCUGAAGAAAUCGCCAAAUCCGAAGAUAGCAAGGUGCCGGCACUCUUGAUCUACGCAAUGAACAUACUCGCCAAAUCCCUCAUCUCGUCUCUUCUUACUGAAGCAUCGAUAAACCAAGGCCACGCAGAACCUGUUGGCAUUCUGGCUGCCCAGAUAUUCUCCAUGGAUGCAUUCAUCUACAAGGGCCAACACAUGGUCGACAUUCUUUGGGCGAAAUACCACGUCGUAUGUCCUGCCCUCUGGGGCUUCAACGGAAACGAAAAGACCGAAUCCGGUAGACGCGCACUGGGCUGGUGGCGCGAGUCACCAAACGGCCCCUUUAUCAGCGAACAAGGUCAUGCAGACCGUAUGACAGCCCUAGGCGCCGGAUUCGCCGCCCUGACCCUCCGCAACUUCGGCAAGACCGAGCGCAAGAACCCGUUCCCGAAUACGCUCUUUUGGGAAUCCCUCCAGAAGAUCCUCAAUAUCCCUUCUAGCGAGAUUCAGGACACGCACGUCACGUUGCUUUCGGCGAUGCUGAGGUCGUCGGCUGUAAGAUUUGUGGGCUUGUUCGGUCAUAUCGGGCUAGCAGUCAUGAGGAGGGCUAUUGUUGAUCUGCCAAACAGCCUUCCCAAACAGAGCAUGGCCGUUAACCAGUUGAGGCUGCUCAAGGAUCUGUACAAGAAGGAGAAAAACAUAAUCAUUUGA